UGGAGUUAACAUGGUGGCUCAGUAAUCGUGUUGUGGCUACAGACUAUUACCGAGUGGACUGUGCAAGCUAAACACUUUCUCUCUCUGUAUUUUUUAUAUCCUUGACCUCUACAUUUUUUAACCAAAUCAGAAAUGGAUUUCAAGAAGAGAAUAGAGAAAGAAGUUGGGAGUCGGAAGCCGGAAGAGGUGUUUGAGCUUGUUGUGGACAACAGCCGUUCUAGCGAUGGACAGAUAGUGGGCCUCUCUGAUGAAUACAAGGAGCUGGAGUUUCUGAGUAUGGUGAACGCUGGACUGACCUCCCUGGCCAAACUGCCAUCGCUGCCGAAGCUUCGCAAGCUGGACAUCAGUGAUAAUGGCAUCUCAGGGGGUCUGGAGACCUUGUCAGAGAAAUGUCCCAAUCUGACCUAUCUGGUUUUGAGUGGAAACGGCAUCAAGGAGACCAGCGCGAUGGAAGCACUGCAAAACCUGAAGAGUUUGAAGAGGCUGGACCUGUUUAAUUGUGACGUCACCUCGCAGGACGACUACAGAGAGAACAUCUUUGAGCUCCUGCCUCAGCUUACGUUCCUGGAUGGUUUCGACCAGGAUGACAAUGAAGACGAGGAUGAGGAUGGUGGUGCCCCUGGAGAUGACGAUGACGAGGAUGAUGAGGAUGAGGACGAAGAUGACGAGGGCUCGGAGGGUGAUGAGGUGGGCCUGUCCUACCUCAUGAAGGAUGGGAUUCAGGACGAGGAAGACGAUGAUGACUAUGUAGAAGAGGAAGAGGAGGACGAUGUAGAUGGUGAAGAUGAGGACGGAGCCGUGGCCCAUGGGGAGAAACGGAAACGGGACCAAGAAGACGAAGGUGAUGAUGACGAGGAUGACGACUAAAGCACUGACCUGUGAAGCCAAGCUGCCGUGUCCCAGAACUAAGCUGUAGAAGAGAAACGUGAAAUGGUCUUUUUCUAUAUAUUUUUGUUUGUUUGUUUUUCAUUUUCCUUUGUAUAUCAUAGGCAUCACUGUAGUAUGUAAGGUGUUUUUUUUUUUUUUUUUUUUUUUUUUUUUUUUUUUUUUUCUGCAUCGGCCAUUCAAAAAGGUCAGAAUUUUUAGUGUUGGCAGUUGCAAAGUGCAUUCUGAUUUCCAGAUUGCUUCCCAUGUUUUGGCACUUUUAUGUAAAGUUUCAUUCGUAUGGUGGGCACCGUUUCUAUCAAGUGAGUCAGAUUGCUGUUUGUAGACGAUGCUCUACAUGUCCUUUUGUAGAGUUGGAUGGGCUCCUCAUCUAAAAGACUUUUUGCCAUCCUUGUGACUUCCUAAGAACCCAUAUAUUCUUACAGUGUUGAAAUCCACCUGUGUGUGUGUGUGUGUGUGUGUGUGUGUGUGUGUUCUCCUGUCUGGGUUUUUUAUUUUGUUUUUUUCACCCAAAAGAAUGAAAUGUUGCUAACCAGGAAAUCUGUAUUUAUAUAAGGUUAAAGUAUCCCUGCGUUGAAUUACAUUUUUGCCCAGAGUCAGUUUACCAUGUGUUCCCUCCAGGAAUUCCUGUAAAGUUAUUCAUCCUCCAUUACUGUAUAGGAGUCAACCUAACAAUCAUGUUUUAAUUUGUCGGAUAGAGGAUUUUAAAAUUAUUUUUUUUUCUAAACUAACUGUACUGCUUGUUUGUGAGGCGCGUUAUGUUUUGUGGCAUCAAAGAGUUAAGCAAGUCCUCGGAGAUCCAACACCCUCUCCCUCCUUUCUCCCCCAAGGCUCAGCGCUCAACAAUUUCUGAUGAGAUGUCAGAUCUCUUAGAACACUCAGGUGGACCAAACUUUGGAGGCUUUCAGUAUAUCUCCAGGACUAUAAUCGAUCAUCUCACUCUUUGUUACUGAAUUUACUACGCUCACUAUUCUUCAGACAAAAACAAAUGCCUUCUGUUGUUUUUCCUUUUUGCAUUCCCUUUCUAGAAUGAACAUUUUAAAACUUGUUUCUAUGACUGUAAAUAGGUACCCUACGAUUCUGUCGUGUGUAGUUCAUUUUAUUAAUUGAUUUUGUCUUUUUAAAACAUGCAAUAUCUCUUGUCCUUUUUCUUUUUGUUUUUGAAUAAAUGCAAAGCACAGGUCAGGAUAAGAUUCAGAUCCAUUCAAUAUAGUUUUUAUUUUUAUGUCCUCUGCUGUUGAGAAGGCUGUGUUUGGAGUUUGUGUGCUGUAAUCUUCUAAAGAGUUUUUUUAAAUAAAUAAAAAAAUAAUUAAUUCAA